AUCCUCACCCCCUCCCCCCCCCCCCCCUCUUUCAUCCCUCGUCGCCGGCGGCCAUCUUUCCUGUAGUGAGUCCAUCCCUCUCUCUUGUUUGUCUAUUUCUCUUACCUUCUUCCUCUUUCUCUGUUCUACCACGAUAAGCUGCAAUCUUACUCUUUUCCUCUCUCUCUGUUCUACCACGAAAAACAGGCCGUUGCGUUGCCAUCGCUCCUCUUUCUACUCCUCACCUCACUCUCUUUUUCUUCCUGUAUGUAUCCCUCCAUACCUUUCGCCCUCCCUUCUCUGUCUCUCCUACUGUAGAUGCAGGAACAAUCAUGGACACAAUUUAGCUAUUCUUGCGAACGAGGAAGAAGAGUUUUUGAGAUCCCAUAGUGCCUAUUCUUCCCCUUGCGAUCGGUUUUGCUUGGAAAAUUAUAUAUCUUAUGGUUUUUGCUCUUUCGAAUGACCAAAGACUAAAUGCUUGACCAGAAAGAGUUUGUAAAUAAAAAGGAAACAGAUGUAGAAGAAGAGAAGGAACACAGCAACCAAGCGUCUCGGGUUAAGCUCAUUGUCUCCGACUCCUUCCUCUCCUUCAUGUGGGUGCUGUCAGGAUCCGUUAUUAGGUAUUUGAUUUACAUGAUUCUAGGGACUGGAAUGGACCCAAUUUCUGUUCUAUUAAAAGGAUAUUUGGCCCUGGUGUACCUCUACUACUUCUCACAGCUUCGAAAGGUGACCAAUGGUGGAUCAUAUAACCCUCUCUUCGUCCUCUGCCAUGCCAUAUCUGAUAAUUUUGUCGAGUUCCUUUAUGUAGUGUUUGGAAGGAUUCCUGCUCAGGUUCUUGGAUCUGUCAUUGGGGUUUGGUUAAUUAAUGCAACCUUCCCUGCAGCGGCUAAUGGACCUCGUUUGAAUGUUGAUGUUAGUUAUGGAGCAUUAAUUGAAGGACUCAUUACAUUUGCGAUUAUCAUCGUCUCUCUAGGGCUAAACAAAUUCCCAAGAUCUUCCCAUAAGACAUGGAUAUCAAGUUUUGCCAAACUUGCACUUCACGUCCUUGCUUCUGACAUCACCGGUGGAGUUAUGAACCCUGCUUCUGCCUUUGGAUGGGCAUAUGCUCAAGGGAAGCAUCUAACGAAGGAGCAUUUGUGUGUGUACUGGCUUGCACCUCUGGAGGCAACUUUAUUGGUUGUAUGGAUUUGCAGCUUGUUCAUUAAGCUGCCGAAGCAAAAGAGGCAGCAUGAGAUGCAAUACAAGGAUAAACUAGUAUGAGCUACUUGGUGCGUUAUGGCAGCUUUACUUGUUUAUUCUCAUGGUAGUUUCUUGCCUUGUAUAUGGAAUACGUGAUUUUAGUUAUAGAAGUAGGUUUUCUAUUCCAAAACUGGCUGCUUACCUUGCCUGAGUUUGUUCAUAUCGAUGUGUGCUUCAUUUAACCUAUCCUCUCUGUCUAUCAAUCUUUUUUGCUGAAAUUGAUAUCAGUGUUUUAGGUUGCCAUUGGCAGCAAAGGGAUUUGUUUAACUUUAGUUGGAAUAGUAAUUUAUUUGCUGUUUUUCA